GGUGCUUCUUUGGAUCAAGCUAUGGUGAAAAAUGUUUCGGAAAGGCAAAAAACGACACAGUAGUAGCAGUUCCCAAAGUAGUGAAAUCAGUACUAAGAGCAAGUCUGUAGAUUCUAGCCUUGGGGGGCUUUCACGAUCCAGUACUGUGGCCAGCCUCGAUACAGAUUCCACUAAAAGUUCAGGACAGAGCAACAAUAAUUCAGAUACCUGUGCAGAAUUUCGAAUAAAAUAUGUUGGUGCCAUUGAGAAACUGAAACUCUCUGAGGGAAAGAGUCUGGAAGGACCACUAGACCUGAUAAAUUAUAUAGAUGUUGCACAGCAAGAUGGAAAGUUGCCUUUUGUCCCGCUGGAGGAGGAAUUUAUUAUGGGAGUUUCCAAGUAUGGUAUAAAAGUCUCAACAUCAGAUCAAUAUGAUGUUUUACACAGACAUGCUCUGUACUUAAUCAUCCGGAUGGUGUGUUAUGAUGAUGGCCUGGGGGCAGGAAAAAGUUUACUGGCGCUGAAGACAACUGAUGCAAGUAAUGAAGAAUACAGCCUGUGGGUUUAUCAGUGCAGCAGCCUGGAACAAGCACAAGCAAUUUGUAAAGUUUUAUCCACGGCUUUUGACUCAGUGUUAACAUCUGAGAAAUCAUGA